AUGGCGGGCUACGGAGGUUACGACGACAGAUACGGGUAUCCGAGCAGCGUGGGGUCAGCGAAACAGUCGGAGAGGUCAAGAUGGACGCCGCUUACGCGCAUGUUGCUGUCGGGUGAGAUGACCCAGGAGAAGCAAAGGGAGCUGAGCCCCCGAGAAAAGUUCGACCGAUGGAUGGUGAACGAGGGCUACCGCCGAAUUUUCGUCUUCGUUUUCAUGUUCCUCCACGCCCUUGUGUUCGCCUUCGGCUUCGUCCACUACACGCUCAAGGACAAUCUCCAGGUCGCUCGGGAUACGUUUGGGCCGACAUUUAUGAUUGCACGUGCUUCUGCGCUCGUUCUCCAUGUCGAUGUCGCUCUCAUCCUCUUCCCCGUUUGCCGCACGCUCAUCUCGUUGGCUCGUCAGACGCCGCUGAAUGGCAUCAUCCAGUUCGACAAGAACAUUACGUUCCACAUCACCACCGCAUGGUCCAUCUUUUUCUUCUCAUGGGUACACACGAUUGCCCACUGGAAUAACUUCGCCCAGAUCGCGGCGAAGAACAACCUCGGCUUUUAUGGCUUCUUGCUGGCCAACCUGGUUUCCGGGCCGGGCUGGACCGGAUAUGUGAUGUUGAUUGCCUUGACGGGCAUGGUGAUCACCUCGGUGGAAAAGACGCGGCGCGCCAACUACGAGCGGUUUUGGUACACGCACCACAUGUUUAUCAUCUUUUUCUUUUUCUGGGCCAUCCACGGCGCCUUCUGCAUGAUUCAGCCGGACUUUGCGCCCUUCUGCGUCUCGAUCGGCACCUCGGCCAUCGGCGUCUUUUGGCAGUUCUGGAUGUACGGCGGCUUCGCCUACCUCGCGGAGCGCAUUGCUCGCGAGGUGCGCGGCAGACACAAGACGUACAUCUCCAAAGUCAUCCAGCAUCCGAGCAAUGUGUGCGAGAUCCAGAUCAAGAAGGAGCACACCAAGACGAGAGCCGGGCAGUACAUCUUCUUCUGCUGCCCCGCGGUCUCCCUGUGGCAGUACCACCCGUUCACCUUGACCAGUGCGCCAGAGGAGGACUACAUCUCGAUCCACAUCCGUGUCGUGGGCGAUUUCACCAGAGCGGUCGCCGAGACGCUGGGCUGCGAGUUCGACAAGAAGAAGGGAGAGGGGUCGUCCAAGGUGGUGGGUGUCGACCAAACCAACGAUGAGGUGGAUCCCGCCUUACGACGGGUCCUUCCGCGAGUCUAUAUCGACGGACCGUUCGGGUCUGCAUCGGAGGAUGUCUUCAAGUACGAGAUCUCGAUCCUGGUUGGAGCCGGUAUUGGCGUGACGCCCUUCGCCUCCAUCCUCAAAUCAAUCUGGUACCGGAUGAACUACCCACAAAAGAAAACGAGGCUGAGCAAGGUCUACUUCUUCUGGAUCUGCCGUGAUUUCGGCUCCUUUGAAUGGUUCCGGUCGCUUCUUCUCGCUAUCGAGGCGCAGGACGUAGACAACCGCAUCGAGAUCCACACGUACUUGACGGCCAAGAUCAAGGUGGAUGACGCGACAAAUAUCAUGAUCAACGAUGCCAACGCCGACAAGGAUACAAUCACUGGUCUCCGCUCUCCAACGAACUUUGGCCGUCCCAACUGGGAUAUGAUCUUCAGAGGGAUCAGGAAACUGCACACUCCCUCUGAGGCCGGUGUGUUCUUCUGCGGUCCGAAGGGUCUGGGCAGCACAUUACACAUCUUCUGCAACAAGUACAGCGAACCUGGGUUCCACUUUGUCUGGGGCAAAGAGAACUUCUGA